CGGCUAGGACAAUAAUAGUUCCAAGGUAAUUUUCUAAACUGGGUUGCUUGAUUUACCCCUUGACAGAAUCAUGAGAGCAAAUAUUUCACUUGUUUCCCAGUGUCAGUUUCCUCAGUGGAUGAUCUCACCAAAACAGGAAAAGAUGAUUGGUGCUUGCGUUUUCAACUUCUAUUGGAUUCUUUCAUCUCUUCUACCUUUUGAUGCUCUGUUUUUCUUGCUUUUUUUUAAGAUCAUUUUAAGAGAGCCUUCGAAGUUGUUUAGGAUUCAAUGCUGCUGAAGCAAGCUAGUUACUGCUGAGGCAAAUUGGAUGUCAACCACAAGGCCCUCUAAAAUUUGAGUCCACUACUAAAUGCUGUCCGGGUUUGACUCCAGCAAAGCACCACACACGUUGUUGCUUCACCUCAACUUAGCUUUCACCUUUCAACUUGGGUUUAGUAAUUUCUUUAACCCAUUUAUCUACCUCUGCUUUGACUCCAUGCCUAUCUUCUUAUCCAAUAAAACAAUAAUUAAGGAUAAUUAUUUCCUCCUGAACCACUUUAAAAACAGACAAAGUCACUUUGCCUUCCCAAUUGCCUACUAUUUCUAAUGUACCGCCCCCCGAAUUAAGAGCCACCUUUACAAGAAACCACUCAAAUAAUUGUCCACCUUUUACAGAUGACGCUUCCCUAAAUCCCCUUAAAACCCCUUAAUCCAGACCUUCCCCUCUAUCAUUUAUAAACCCGCGUCCCGCAUCUCUCCAACAACCAGAAUUCAUAUCUUUUCUCCCUUAAUGUAAAAGAAGGAAAGCAAAAAGACUAUUCUUUACAAUUUUGAAGUCAUGGCUAAGCCUCUGUCCUUGCCCUGCUUCGUGUUGUUGUUAUCUACAUGUAUGUUUUCUACCGUCUCAAUGGCAGAAAUGGUGCUUCUUCCUCUGACACACUCCCUUUCCACCACCCAGUUCACCACUGGCCAUCACCUGUUGAAAGCCACAUCCUCCCGCUCCGCCGCCCGCUUCCAGAACCACCAGCACCGCCAUAAACAGAUUUCACUUCCCCUUUCACCUGGCAGCGACUAUACCCUCUCAUUCAGCCUCGGCUCUGCAUCCUCGCCUACUGUGUCCCUUUAUCUUGACACGGGCAGCGAUCUCGUUUGGCUCCCCUGUGCCCCUUUCGAAUGCAUCCUCUGUGAGGAUAAACCACCACUCUCUGCUCCACUAAAUUUGUCGUCAUCCGCUUCCCCUGUCCACUGCAAGUCCUCAACUUGCUCUGCUGCUCACUCUUCCCAGUCCACCUCCGACCUCUGUGCCAUUGCUCGCUGCCCCCUCGACGACAUCGAGACUUCUGAUUGCCGCUCCUUCUCCUGUCCUCCGUUUUAUUAUGCAUACGGUGACGGCAGCCUGAUUGCGCGCCUUUUCCGCGAUUCUCUCACCCUCCCCAAUUCUCUCACGAUUCAGAACUUCACUUUUGGGUCUGCUCAUACCACAUUGGCCGAGCCCGUCGGAGUAGCCGGGUUUGGUCGCGGCGUCCUCUCUUUGCCUGCUCAGCUUGCCUCUGUUUCUCCCCAACUUGGAAGCAGAUUCUCGUAUUGUUUGGUUGCCCACUCGUUCGACUCCGACAAAGUUCGCCGUCCGAGUCCGCUCAUCCUGGGACGGUACGAGGAGAAGGAAAAGCAGUUUCAAAACGAACACAUCAAGUUUGUCUAUACAGAUAUGCUCGAAAAUCCGAAACACCCUUAUUUCUAUUCCGUUGGACUGGAAGGAAUUUCCGUCGGGAAAAGGAAAAUCCCGGCCCCUGAGAUGUUGAAGAGGAUUGACGGGAAAGGCAGUGGAGGAAUGGUGGUGGAUUCAGGGACCACCUUCACGAUGCUGCCGGCGAGUUUAUACGACUCGGUGGUUUCCGAGUUCGACCACCGAGUCAGGCGAUUUUACGAGCGGGCGACGAAGAUAGAGGAAAAAACCGGGUUGGGUCCGUGCUAUUACUACGACAAGGUGGUGAGAGUACCGGUUAUGGCGUUGCACUUUCCGGGGAAUGGAUCGAGCGUGGUGCUGCCUAGGAGGAACUACUUCUACGAGUUUUUGGACGACGGUGAUGGGGUUGAGGAGGAGAAGAAGAACGUUGGGUGCUUGAUGUUGAUGAACGGUGGUGAUGAGAAGGAGCUGAGUGGCGGACCAUGGGCUACCCUGGGGAAUUAUCAGCAGCAAGGGUUCGAGGUGGUGUAUGAUUUGGAGAAGAGGAAAGUCGGGUUUGCAAGGAGGCAGUGCUCCACUCUUUGGGAAAGCUUGAAACAAAAUUAAACUUAAUUUCGGGAUUAAGGUUUUAAUUAAUUGCACUUCGUCUGUUGUUUUAUGGACCUCCUAAUAAUGUAUAGUAUAUAAUGUAUAAAUGUCUAGUUUUCAAGAAUUGUGAGGUGCGGCUGUGUAAAGCAAAAAGGGGAGUGCAGUGGCAAAAAUUGUACAAAUUUCUGAGAACUCAGUACAAAUUUGUUGUUUAUUUUGUUUAGAGCUGGGUUAUGAAUUAUGAGUGUAAUUCUCAAAGCCAUACUCAUGUUUUAUAAUUUGAUUAAGAAAGUAAUAAAUUCAAU